UCAUUAUUGGGAAGGGAAAUUUGGUUCCUCCUCCUCACAUCUCAGCGAGGGCGGCGGCGGCGGCGGCGGAUUCGCGGAAGAGGGCGGAAGCCGCCGGCGGAGCCAUCGAGGCCUGCAGGGAGGGCUCACGUCCUCCGUUGAGUCCAGGGCCUCCUGCACCGCCGCCUCGUCCGGCGCCAAAACCCUAAGCAGGUACGGGUUUAGUGCCAUUCAGAGUCGAAUAAUGGCGGAGCACUUGGCUUCGAUCUUUGGCACUGAGAAGGACAGGGUCAACUGCCCUUUUUACUUCAAGAUUGGGGCUUGUCGUCAUGGGGAUCGCUGCUCCCGCCUGCACAACAGGCCAACCAUAUCGCCGACUCUUGUGCUUGCUAACAUGUAUCAGCGCCCUGAUAUGAUAACCCCUGGGGUUGAUGCUCAAGGCCAACCUAUUGAUCCUGAGAAGAUGCAGGAGCAUUUUGAGGAUUUCUACGAGGACAUCUAUGAGGAGUUGGGCAAGUUUGGUGAGAUCGAGAACCUGAACGUCUGCGACAACCUUGCUGACCACAUGAUAGGGAAUGUCUAUGUCCAGUUCAGGGAGGAAGAACAGGCAGCUGCAGCAUAUAAUGCUCUUCAGGGCCGCUUUUAUUCUGGCCGCCCGAUAAUUGUGGAGUAUUCUCCUGUGACUGACUUCCGGGAAGCGACCUGUAGGCAGUUUGAGGAGAACAGCUGCAACCGUGGUGGCUACUGUAAUUUCAUGCAUGUGAAGCAGAUUGGCAGGGAUCUCAGGAGGAAGCUCUAUGGCCGUUCUGCUUCCAGGAGGUACCAUGGGAGGAGCAGAAGCCGAAGCCCCCCACCUCAAAGGAGGGGCCAUCGUGACCGUGAUGAUUACCGUGGUGGCGGCGGCGGCGGCGGUGGGCGGGGUAGAGGCAGCAGGCAUGACAGGUAUGAUGAUGGAGGUGGCAGGCAUGACAGGUAUGAUGAUGGAGGGGGCAGAGGCGGCAGGCAUGACAGGUAUGAUGAUGGAGGAAGACGCAGGCAUGGUAGCCCACCCCCAAGGCGUGGGAGGAGCCCAGUCAGGGAGAGCAGCGAGGAACGCAGGGCCAAGAUUGAGCAGUGGAACCGUGAACGCGAGGCAAAGCAGUGAGGUCCCUGUGGCAAGUGCCUCAAGACGAGCAUUGUUGGCUGGAGUUGUUUCUUAGCUCGUCAGUUACAGCUAUAUUCGAAGUGGACCUGUGUUGGUUGAUAUCCUGCUUGGCUAAGUAACCUUUUAAGUGCAGGAUUGCUAAGUUCAUUUUGGUUAAUCAGACAUGUAAACUUAAAAUAUUUUCAGCUGUAUUGUGUCUUAAAAUAUUUUCAGACAUGUAAACUUAAAAUAUUCUAAAAUAUUAAGGAAUGUUGCCAUGUCACGGAUGCAACACCCUGGCCGUGGCUAGUUUUAAACA